CAUUUGUGGGUGCUACAUAUAUAGCAGAUAGUACAGCUACUAGUUCUGCUAAAGAAGAUGAAGGUUGGGAAAGGAUAAGAGAAGUAUUAAAGGAAAGUAGAGGUACUGAAGAAUCAGAUUGCAAUCAGGCUACGCCUAUACGGAUUGAAGAAGUACCUAAAUUGAUAAAGGAACCAUCAGUAUAA